ACAAUAGCAGUGAACGCAAGCUUCUCACCAAGCUGUGUCUACCUCGACAUGACAUCAAAACUGUGGUCGACAUUCGGCUGUGAGACAGCGGGUGGGACGUGGCGGCUGGAGUGGUAGAGUGCCGCUGUAACCACACCAGCAACUUCGCCAUCCUCAUGCAAGUGGUCCCAUUCGAGGUGGCAGAGGCUCACAGAGUGGCUCUCAGCAUCAUCACAUAUAUCGGUUGCAGCAUCACUCUCAUUACCCAGAUAAUGGCCAUCACUGUCUUCACUUGUUUGGGGUCUCUCACCUGCGAGAGGGUGUGUGUUCACCGCAAUCUCUGUCUCGCCAUAGCCAGUGCGCAGGUCACGUUUCUGGCGGGUGUGGACGCCGUUGGAGAGCGCGUGGUGUGCUCUAUAGUGGCCCUGUUGCUGCACUAUUGUUACCUGGCGGUGUUCACUUGGAUGCUUGUGGAGGGACUUCACCUGUACAGCCAGGUGGUGCGAGUGUUCGGCACAGAGCACCUGCGCGUGCGGUACUACGUUUGUUUCGGCUGGGGCAUUCCCCUUAUUUUGGUGGCAAUUUCUGCAGCGACCAACUGGCAGGGGUAUGGCACGCCGACAAGCUGCUGGCUGUCCACACAGAGGAAAACUAUUUGGGCAUUUGUAGGGCCUGCUUUGGCUAUCAUUAUGGUAAAUCUUGUGAUCUUGGGAAUUGUGGUUAAAAUUGUGGCAGCAGCAUCCAAGCUAGACAAGCGCAGUCGAUUCCAUCAUGUCAGGGCUGGGGCUAAGGCAGCUCUUCUGCUGCUUCCCUUGUUGGGACUCACAUGGUUGUUUGGUCUGGCUGCUGUCAACCAGGACUUGGUUGUAUUCCAGUAUCUCUUUGCCAUCUUUAACACUUUGCAGGGUUUCUUCAUCUUCUUGUUUCACUGUGCCUUCAACACAGAAGUGCGUCAGGCUUUUAAACGUCUACAGGAGCGACGGUCCUUGCAGCGUGGAGACUUGUCAUCAUCAUCAGGUUACAGCAGCUCUGCCUCUAUGUCACCCACACCACAGACUCAGGAAGCCAAGCUGAUGUUUAAGAAACCUGGCAUCUUUUACGACUGUCCUGGCGGUUGUAAAAUCAACCGUAUUGUGCCUGCUGGUUACACGACAACUACCACAAUCGCCAGCACCACCACCGCAUCACCUGCCACAAGUGGCCACCAAGAUGGUCGGUGCAGCAACUUAAGCUUGGAUCAGAAAUGCAAAACGGAGGAGAUGGCACUUAUGUUCAUCUAAGACAAUAUAUACAUGUCAUAUAGCGUAUGCUGUCGAAGUGAUAAACAGCGCUGAUUCUUAUGGUCGUAAAUGCAUUCUUACUUAGAAUGUGCUGUUUCUGACAAAUAAAGAAAGAAUAUAUAUAUCACAAUAAAUUUUACACAGAAAUAAACAGCAAAGUAAAAGAAUUAGCCUUAAAUUACACGUAUAAUUUAUUUUACAAUAUAAUGGUUGAUAUACAUUCUUGUUUUGACUCCAGGAGAGAUUGUGGGCACGAUCGAGUGUGCAUAGAGCGUAAAGUGUUAGCACGUGCUAACAAUUAUUAAACCAAUAA